AACACAACAAACAAAAUGAAUUCAAAACUUUUAACUUUGUGCUUAGUUAUAACUGCUUUAACAGCAGUACAGCAAACCAAUGCCAAUAGUCUAUUUGGACUUCCGCACAUGAAAAUUGGCUUAGGUAAUAUGCUAAAACCAUUCGGAAUUGAUGGAAACUCUGGCUCAAAAUCUGCCUCUGCAUCUACAUCUAAAGCCACUUCAGGACAUCAUACAGGUGCUCAAUCUAGCCCACCAUCAGGACCACCUUCACUGGCAUCAGGUAACGGAUCAUCUGGUUCAGGAUCAUCAUCGUCUGCAACAUCAUCAGAUGUAGGCCCAAACAAACCAAUAAAUUCACAUGGUUCAAACCCGUCAUCAGGACAAGAAUCAGGUUCCUCAAGUAAUAUCUCAUGGAAUUCAGGAUCAUCUACAUCAUCAUACGCUGACUCUAGCAAGCAAUUAAAUUCACAUGGCUCAACAACGUCAUCAGGAGCAGCUUCAGGUUCAGGAUCAUCUGGCUCAGGAUCAGGACAAGGAUCUGGUUCAUCAGGUUCAGGAUCAUCUGGUUCAGGUUCAUCAGGAUCAGCAGCUUCAGGAUCUACAGUGCCAGCAUAUUUGAAGUACACAAAUGAAUCAGGGAAAACUUGUGUUUGUUAUUGAAAUCCCGAAAAAUCUGUACUUAUGUGCUUAGUCAAGUAAUAAAGCUAUAAUUUUACUCAGAA